AUGGCGUCAAAGGCGGCACCAUCCGCCUCGGCCUCGGCGCAGCGCAGGCAGCUGUCAGAGCAGGAGAUCGCACAGCAGUACCAGGCGAGAAGGAGCGAGCUGCAGGGUAUCGCCAGCAAGAUCGGCGAGCUCGAGGGCGAGGCCGACGAGCACAGGCUGGUCAUCGAGACGCUCACAGAGGCGCAGACCGCCGACCCGGAUCGCAAGUGCUUCCGCCUGAUCGGAGGCGUGCUGGUCGAGAGGACCGUCAAAGAGGUCCUCCCCGCCCUCCAAACAAAUCUCGACGGCCUCAAGCAGAUCCUCGAGCAGCUAUUGAAGCAGUACAAGACAAAGGAGACGGAGCUGCAAGAGUUUCAGCGCGAGUACGCAGGCUGA